CGACAUAAAACAAUAUGCACAUCUUUUAAUAAAUUGGGAUCGUACCUAGUUCACACAAAAGCAUUAACUCGAUCAAGAAAAUAUAUUUCUCCUCUAUAUAAUCAAGAAUAUAUUAGAGGUUAAACACACACAAAACAGAAAAAUGGAGGUCAAGAAAAUGGUGAAAGUAAUGAUGAUGAACUUCAAUAUCAUCAUGAUGGUUAUGGGGAUGGUGUCAGGGCAAGAUACAAACGGCACAACGCCUACUAAUCCUUUUCCCUUUACUGAUUGCUAUGGCAGGUGCUUAUUUUUCUGUCUGAUUGAACCCCAAAAUAUGUGUACAUGUACAUCUACAUGCCUCAAAAAAUGUCUUGAUACACCUUCUAACACAAUGGCUAUGGCUGUGGAUGGGGAUGGAGAGAAUUUUGGCUAUUGCAAGCUUGGUUGUGUCACUUCUUUUUGUUCGAACAUUGGCAACCAACAUAAUCUCGAUGGAGAAAGCAUGGGAAAAUGUGUGGAUUCUUGUUCUAGAAAGUGCACCAUGAGUUAUUACUUGGCCCCUUAAUCGGGAGAUUCUUGAUCUUAUAUUGAUGUGGCUCAAAAAGUAGAUUUUGAUAUCAAAGAAAAUACUACUAUGGCGAUGCACUUAAAAAAAUCAUUUAUCACAAAAAAAAUCUUGUUUAUAAGAGACUAUGAU